GAUGCUUCACAUACAUGACACACAAUCUCACAAUACCCUUCCCCACUCUGUGUCAUCCUGCAGAUUUUUUACAUCAGUACCAACCGGCAAGAGAGCAGCUCAGCACCCUGAACAAAACCUCUCUGUGUAAGCAUGCAGCUGCAGCUUCCGAGAUGCCCUACACGGAUACAUGACCCAGUGUGGAGGGGCUGACGAGAGCCACACAAUUAGAGGGGGGGUCCUAUGUUUGAGCAGAAUAUUUUCUAUCACCUCUGGAGCACCAUUAGGGUAAUUUCUCAUGUUUUUUUUAUGUUUAUUUGAAGUAGUUGCUUGUCAUUGCUGGGCUCAGUCCUGCAAUAGCAGGGAGGUUUGGAACACAGUGCGUGUCAUCCCAUUAGUGCCCCCCUUUCACUGCUUGGACUGUUCCAUUUCACAUCUGAAAAAAUCUGGUAGUUGAGGAAGAGUUGUUCAUGUCAGAGACUGCUUUAGCCUCAGCACACACAACACUGUAGCUCCUGGAUCUCAAAAGAAAGGCAAAUGGAUCAAAAAGACCUGAGUGAUCCUCUGAACAAUGUCUCAUUGAUUAAAGAUGACCUGACAAGAUCAAACAUGGGGUCUGCUGGUGACUCUGAAAAAAAUAUUCAGCGCUUGAAUGAUGAUCUUCGAGAGGCCCAGGAUCUAGCUAAUGUGGAGAAACAUAAGUGCAUGGAGCUCCAAGGUCUCCUGGAGAAAGAGCGUAAAGAAAAUAAGCAACAAGCUGAUGAAUCUUCUAAACAAAUAAAACAUCUUCAAGGUCAGCUGCAACAGCUCCAACAAGAGAUGGGCGUCCUCAUAAAGCAGAAGGAAGUCUCCUCCAGUUCGCACGACGAGCUUCAAAGUGCACGAGACGAGAUCAAGUCGCUGAAACGGGCCCUGGAGACAGCCACUGCUGAGCGUGAGCGGGAUGUCGCUGCUACCCAGUCUAACCUGGCAACUGUCUCAAAAGAUCUGGACAAGUGGCGUCAGACUGCCAACAAGUAUGAGCAUGAGAUUGACAACCUGCAGCGUGACUUGCAGCAGCAGAGCAAGCAGUGGCAGAAAACAGCAGAAAUACAAGCCAGUGAGCUGCAGUCCAUGCAGGUGGAGUGUAACGGCCUUCAGAAGGAGUGUUCUGUCUUGCGAUCUGAGAGGCAGGACAUAGUGAAUAAGCACCAGAAGGAAAAGAGCGGUCUGCAAAGCGAAUGUGCAUCCCUCAGGGCAGAGAAGGAGGAACUCCUCAGGAGUCACCAGAAAGAGAAGGCCGGUCUGCAGAGUGAGUGUGCAGCACUGCGCAGUGGGAAAGAGGCAGUGCUGCAGACGCAGCAGCAGCUGGAGAAAGACCUUGUCAGUUUGCGAGGCAAGAAUGCUGAGCUGAAUAACAACCUCAGAGCCCUUGAGCAGUCCCACCAGCAGUUGGAGAAGAAGCUGGCGGCCUUGCAGCUCCAGCACGAGCAGGACAACACCAAGCUGCAAACCCAACUGGAUGAGGCCGACAGCCACAGCAAGGCUCUGCAGAGAGAGAAUGAGGAGGCUCAGACUGAGCUUUCAGACCUAAAGGAAAAAUGCCAGAAGACAGAGCAGGAAAAGCAGUUGCUCGCAGAUCAGAUGGAGGAAUGCAAAGCCAGCAUGAAAGAACUGCAAGAGAAAGGAUCCAAGACUUCCUUAUUGCUGCCUGUUCAAGCCAUAGUCAUCGGCCUUAUCCUGGCUUUGCUGUUUUGGUGCUUCGGCGCAUUGUGGUAGUAAGAAGCCAUGGAUGAUCUGGGGGCCUGCGGUUGCUGUGGCUCUAACAGCUGUGACUGCUGCUGUGCUCUUCAGGACCUGAGGGCAAAAAAACACACACACACACACACACACACACAAUAAAACCAAC